GCGCGGCGAUGAUGAACAGGUUCCGAAAGUGGCUGUACAAACCCAAGAGGUCGGACCCGCAGCUGCUCGCCAAGUUCUACUAUGCGGACGAGGAGCUGAACCAGGUGGCCGCCGAGCUGGACAGUCUGGACGGGCGGAAGGACCCGCAACGGUGCACGCUGCUGGUCAGCCAGUUUCGCUCCUGCCAGGACAACGUGCUGAACAUCAUCAACCAGAUCAUGGAUGUGUGCAUCCCCCAGGACCGAGCCCCGCGGGAUUUCUGCGUCAAGUUCCCUGAGGAGGUCCGGCAUGACAGCCUGGCAGGCCAGCUGUGGUUCGGUGCCGAGUGCCUGGCCGCCGGCUCCAUUAUCAUGAACCGCGAGCUGGAGAGCAUGGCCAUGCGCCCGCUGGCCAAGGAGCUGACCCGCAGCCUGGAGGACGUGCGGGGCGCCCUCCGCGAUCAGGCGCUGCGGGACCUCAACACCUACACGGAGAAGAUGAGGGAGGCGCUGAGGCACUUCGACGUCCUGUUCGCCGAGUUCGAGCUGAGCUACGUGUCUGCCAUGGUGCCUGUGAAGUCGCCCAGGGAGUACUACGUGCAGCAGGAGGUCAUCGUGCUGUUCUGCGAGACCGUGGAGAGGGCCCUGGACUUCGGGUACCUGACCCAGGACAUGAUUGACGACUAUGAACCAGCCCUCAUGUUCACCAUCCCCAGGUUGGCCAUCGUGUGUGGCCUGGUGGUCUACGCGGACGGACCCCUGAACCUGGACCGCAAGGCAGAAGACAUGUCUGAGCUGUUCCGGCCCUUCCACGCGCUGCUGCGGAAAAUAAGGGAUUUGCUGCAGACCCUGACGGAGGAGGAGCUUCACACGCUGGAACGGAACCUCUGCAUUUCCCAGGACGCGGAGCUCCCUAUCCGGGCAGACGCCCAGGUGCCCCCAGCCCUGGCGCCCACCUUCCCCUCACCCCUCCCCGCCGAGGAGAUGCUCUCGGCCAAGGCCAGACGCCAGGAGGGGGAGCUGGCCUGCUCCAUGCAGUAUGAUGACCAGGAGCUAGAGCAGCUCAACCGCAUGGUGCACAGGGCCGGGGACGAGAUGUCGUCCCUCCUCUCCCCGCCCAGCGCCUGCCCGUCCCCCGCACACAGGCCAGCGGCAGAGGGCAGCCCCCGAGGGGAGGCCUCCCCAGGCGGCGCACGGCUGCAGCCCGGCAACGACGAGGAGGAAGGGAGGGUGUUCUUCAUGGAUGACGUGGAGGGGGCCGCAGAGGCCCCGCGCAGCCCGGCUGGGUGGGCGGGCAGCGCCAGUGCUGACCCCCAGGAGAGAGGACGGGGCAGGGGACGCGGAGAGGCAGAGGUGGGCAGGCCCGCCGAGGCGGAGGAGGGGGACCUGAGCAAUAACAACAACGUCCAGGACGACAAGAUGUGGGCGGUGGGCCCCAACUCCUGCAGCUGCCUGGACUCGCAGCCGCACCUGGACGGCUGGGAGGCGGGUGUGGACGCGGCGGGCACGGCGGAGAUGAUCGCCCACCGGACGGGGGGCAUGAAGCUCUCUGCCACCGUCAUCUUCAAUCCCAAGUCGACCCCGGCUGUGGGCGCGGCCGACACCGCCCCGGAAGCCUCUGGAGACGGCAUCUCCCUGGCGGAGCCUGCGGCCGAGGGGACAGACGGUGGCUCCCACAAACUCAGUGCCGCGGCCACCAGCCGCCUCCUGAACUCCUGCGUGUGCUGCGGGGGCUGUGGGGGCGGCAGGGAGGACGCCGCUGCCCCGAGCCUGCCAGACAAGUGUGGCCCGGGAGGCGUCAUCAGCGCCUCCUACGUCGGCUCGGCCAAGGCCAGCGCCAAGGGCCCUGCCGAGACACGGGAGGGGGCCCGGCCUGUGCCAGAGGCGCUGCCCACGGACGCCCCCUGCCCCCUGCCCUCAGAGGACGCCCCUACUUCCAACAAGUGCCUGACACACCCCUCAGGUCCUCGGGUGGACGCAGCAGACGGGUCACCUGGAGCGGGCGGUGCCGCCAGUCUGGAAAGGGAGCCUGAGGCUGGCCCGCGGGACGCCGGGCAGCCCUCGACGGCCAGGGUGGAAAGUCAGCCGGGAGAGGUGGCCCAGCAGGGGGCUCAGCGCCCGUCGGGCUCCAGCGGCCCCGCAGCCGGUUCUGGCUCCUCAGACAAGGCCCGGCUGGAGGCGGCCCCCUUGGCCACUAGAGAGAAGAUCCGGUCCAGGUUCCACGGCAGCCACGACCUGAUCCACCGCCUGUUCGUCUGCAUUUCAGGUGUGGCUGACCAGCUGCAGACCAACUAUGCCAGUGACCUGAGGAGUAUUCUUAAGACCCUUUUUGAGGUCAUGGCCACCAAGCCAGAAGCAGACGACAAGGAGAAGUUAAAGAAGGUCACCCAGAGCCUGCGGAGUGCGGCCUUAGAGGACUGUGCCCUGUGCCAGGAGACCCUGUCAUCCUCUGAACUGGCAGCCAAAACCCGAGAUGGAGACUUGGAAGAUCCUCCAGAGUGGGUCCCAGAUGAGGCCUGCGGCUUCUGUACCGCGUGCAAAGCGCCCUUCACCGUCAUCCGCCGGAAGCACCACUGCCGAAGCUGCGGGAAGAUCUUCUGCUCCCGCUGCUCCUCCCACUCUGCGCCGCUGCCCCGCUACGGGCAGGUGAAGCCGGUGCGCGUGUGCACGCACUGCUACAUGUUCCACGUCACACCCUUCUACAGCGACAGGGCGGGCAUGUGAGGCGCUCCCCACACCUGCCGGGGCCCAGGGUCCCCGAGGGAGGGGCGCCGCUGGCUGCAGGAGGGUCUCCACUGCAUUUCAUCAAGCUGCCGCCACCACUGCAGGAGGCUGCAGGACGCCCAGGCUUCCAGAACGUCCCGCCCCUCCGUCCCUCCACCCCGGCCUCCCCACCGGCAGGGACCCCAGCCAGCUGCAGGGGCCCACGGGAGGUCGGCCCCAGGCCGUGAGGACACCCCGGGCUGCCGGGUAGCUGCCUGGGCAGGGGUGGGCUCUCCUUCCGCCUGCCCCCUGCCGCCCCAGCCCUCC